UGUGUGUAGGCCCGGGACAGGACGCCUCUCUGUCGGAGUCUCCAGCAGGCUAAAGGCUAAAGCAGCUCAGAGGCUGUAAUCCCCGUAUGAGACCAUCAUGGCUGCCACUCGCUGAGCUGUCAGAGCUGUCCACAAAAGAAAAGUCAGAAACCUGCAGAAGAAUGGAUUACAAACUGCGUGUCAGGAAGAAUAGAGAUUGGCACAAACGGCUCCACCUCAGGAGGGCUGCCGUUCAGCCCCCGACUAUGCAAAGUGAAGAUAAGCAUGGACCAAAGAAGAUAGCGGGGGAGAGGGGGCAACGCAAAGCGUGGCCUUCAUCAAAGAAGCCCCCCCGGGAAGCACAACAGAGGACGAAAGACAGCGGACAUUCACUCAGGUUCACAUGCUCUCAGUGCGGGGACAAUGUGGAAUAUGUCCCCAAAGACUUGGUGAGACACUUUGAGGAGAAACACAAAGGGAGCCUCCCGGUGUUUCCCUGCCAUACGUGUACUUUUAGCACACAUGAGUUCUCCUACCUUCAGGUUCAUCUGCUAAGCCACAAGGACACUUUUUCUAGCUGCAUCGUUUGUAAUGACAAUGUUCAACGCACAUGGCCUGAGUUUAGUGCUCACCUGACCACGUGUCACUGCAAAAAUGGCAAAUUUACAUGUGAAACGUGUCAGAAAUUUUCAACAGCAGACGCCAGAGUAUUUUUAGAGCACAUGUAUGCACAUAAUUUGGGCCAGGAAGGAGCUGAUGGAGAUAUUUUCCUGCACAGAAAUGACAAGAAUAAAGCUUUGAGUUGUCACCAAUGUGGCUACGAGGCAUCUCACAAAUGGUUGAUUACGAAGCACAUCAAAGCUGUUCAUGUCUGCCAGAAUGGUAAUCAGAGGAGGAGGAAGAAGGAGGAGGGGAAGGAGGUUCAUUCCAUAGCAAUGAAACCAAAUGACCCCCCAAUUCCAAAAAUGAAGCCCAGGCUAACGAGGAGUGCUGUUAGAGAAAUGUGCUGGCUGACAGAGGACUGCCUCUCUCUGCCGGGGAAAGAAUUCCUGGAUAAAUACUGCCAUCUGUCAGAUCCUCAGACGACAAUGGAGGAGACUCAGCAGUUCCUCAUGAAAUCUGUCGCCGGGGAAAACGGUGACCAGAGGUGGACCAAGGCCCUUAAAAACGUUUUGUCGAACGUCCCACAAGAAAUGAGUCUUCACUCGAAAUCAGAGAACGGGAUCAUGUCGAACACGGCCGAUCUCACCGUCCUAACAGUCAAAAAUAAAAUCACUGUCGACCAAAAUGGUGCUAAAUAUGCCAAGAGGUUAAAGUUAAUGUCGUCAGAUAAAGAACCUGUUUCCCUUGAAAGUGCAGCUGAUGAUGCUCAUUGUGUUGUUGACCAAAAAGGUUGUGCGUCAAAUUUAAAUGAUAGCACACCUGAAACCAAAAAAGAUGUUGAAGAUGUUACGAUGCCCCCCCAGAACGAGCCAUCAGAGUGCGCCCAAACACAGGAAAACCGAGAGAAUCAGGAGGUCAAGACAGAAGAGGAAAAAAUGAAAGAUGUUAAGAAACAAGAGGAGCACGAGGAAGUUGUGAAUACCAUCUCCAAAAAGAGUGUUGAGCCGACGCCCAUACGUAAAGUUGUGCACAAAAUUAAGAGACGAAAUAAUAGAUGGCGAAGAAAGAGAAGGUGUAAAAAAGUGGACCAAGAGUCGGCCGCGUUGGCCUUGAAGAUCGUGUUAAAGAAGAAUCCGGUGAAGGAGAAGCAGUGGGUGUCUCAGAGCUCCCUGUCUCCAUCAGAAGAUGAUCCUGGACUGCCGAGCAGUCAUGCAUCAUCAGAGGAGACAACAACGCUGCUACCAGAAGUACACCCGAAGAACAUGACCAAAGCUCCCAAGAAUGACCUGCACGACUCAUCCCAAGCUGUCAUUUCAACUUCAAAAUCAAAGCCAGAAGAAAAGCUGACCCCGGGUUGUGUUGGAAAGCCAAUGGGGUCUAAAAAUAUGGACAGAAGUGCGCAGAUUGUGGCCGAUGGCCUACAGCAUCAAGUGAUGCCAGAUGAUGCAGAGAAGUCAGCGGAAACAGAAGUGGACAGGAGCGGUUCAGCUGGCAGGACGGCUCCAGAUUUGUGCCCUGAGAGCGUCCAAACAUCAGGCGGUGACAUGGACGGUGACGCGCCAGGUGAUGAGACGAGUUCAGCCGCUGAUGGAGUGACCUCUCACAGCAGCUACAACAAGUCUUCCCCUGAGGCGCAGCCUGCCAUUACACCACAGGUUGAGGUAAACUCUGAGGAUGUUAGCCGUGCUCUCGCUUCAGAGCAGGCUUUUGAGGGGAAGAGAGACAGAGACGUGCCAGCAGAAUCCUCCCCAGCUCUCCAUGCUUCACGCGAGUCAUCUCCAGACUCUCAGCAUCGCUGGCAGCUGGCCUCAAAAUCCCUGGAGAGGACCCUUAAGUUAGUAGCCAUAAAUCCCUCUCAGCUGGUGAAGCGUCCAGCAGGAGACCAGCCAGUUGUGGUGCUUAACCACCCAGACGCUGAAAUCCCUGAGGUGGCCAGGAUCAUGGAGGUCGUCAACCGGUACAGAGGAGAGGUGCAGAAGGUCGUUCUGUCUCGGAGGACGGUGAACGCUCUCUCAGGAGCGAACGGAGACGUCACCGAGGCCGAUGACUGCUCAGAUCCCGCAGGGCUCGGCAAAAACGCUGUACAGGAGAGGUUCUUGUUAAAGAUGAAAUUUCGCAGGUUGAGCAGGAAAAAGUACGAGGUGGUCGACGCCGCAUCUCCCGGCCGAGACGCCGUGACCAAGUUCAGCUGCUGGUUCUGCGGCAGAGUGUUUGCAUGUCAGGGCACGUGGAUGGUCCAUCGACAGCGACACCUGAUAGAGUGGAAACAGCCAAACUGUGAAGACUCUUAAACGUCGCACACACUGGAUUUAAAAAAAGAAAAACGUCUGGAAAAGUUUGCAAUACAACAAAACAACAAUGGAAGCCCUGAUCGCCAGUCUUCUCAGCUUAAAGUCUUAAUUCUGAUUGGUGGGUUUGGGAGGAGAAUCAGACGAACGCCACAUUCUCAGGGUCAACAUUUCCUUUGUUGUCUCUCUCCCCCCGCGGACAUGAAUGAUCAUUUGUAAAAGGACGUGCUGUCUAUAAUUGAGUUCUUUGUAUAGUUUAUAUUUUGUCAAUGCAAUAGCUUUAUUUAAGGUGAUUUAAGUACACUGUCGUAAGGAAUCUUUUAUACAACACUGUAAUUUGUAUAUUUGCCAUACCAUCUAUGAAUCAGUUAAUGUACGGGUAGGCUCGGCAGUGUGGUAGCUAUCAUAUUUAUGUUUGUGGAAAAGGGGACGCAGAGACCCUCGAGUUACUCAGAAAAACCAAAACUGUGUGUUUGUAAAGAAAAAAACAGACAAUAAGCUGUUUUUAUUCAACGUUUAUUUAUGACUCUUACUUUUAGCCUUUAUAUGCUUUCCUUGUGCGUUUCUUGCCCCCCCCCCCCCCUCGGAAGAAUCAGCUGAACCUUUUUUUUUUUUUUUAAAUCUUCAAAUAGUAUUAUUACUCAUUCAUUUAACAAAGUCAACCUGUGUUUGUGACGUCAGUGAAGUACAAGCAGAAUAAUUUCUUUCUUUUUGUUUUAAAUCUGGAUGCACGAGGCCGAGAGAUGAUUUCUCCCUCUCUCUCUUUUGAUCUUAUCUUUUAAUUGCACUAUUAAAGGAGGGUUAAUAUUUCCCGUUACCUCACAUUACGAGGCCGAAGCCUUUGACAAUCUCAGCCAGAGUCCGGCUGCGGCUCAUCAUUUCCUCCCUCAGUAUUCCCAGCAGGGGUGGCGGUGGCUCUCGUGUACACCUGUCCUGUCUCCUUUGGUCCUGGCAGGGACACCUCACUGUGUAUAAACCUUUUUAAAUCCACAUAGAUUUAUAAUUGUACAUAGUCCAGAUAGAGGUACUGUAAAACAUGACCGGAUAAUUCUCACCAAGUGCCUAGGAAUCCUUGUUAUGCAACUAAAUGUGCAUGAGUAUGAUAGCAUUACACGUUGACCAGAAAAUACACGAACCAGCCGUCAGCUCCUUGGCGGCAUUUUGUGAUGACUGAAGAUGUGACUUGUACAAUACAAGAGUUUUAUUAAAAACUUAAUAUACAA